AUGAGUGAAAGCACACGCCUGAAGAGCACGGUCUACGUGGGUGGUCUGGACCAGGCCGUGACAGCACAUACACUGGCAGAGGCAUUCAUACCUUUCGGUGAAGUCGUCGAUAUCUCUCUUCCCAAGCCAGAGGCACCCAACUCCUCAGAGACCCACCGUGGCUUUGGAUACGUGGAGUUCGAUCUCCCCCAAGAUGCCAAAGAAGCCAUCGACAACAUGGAUGGCAGCGAGCUGUACGGCCGCACAAUCAAGGUUGCCGCCGCAAAACCACAAAAGGAUGCCGCCGAGGGAUUGGGCAGCAAGACUGCAAUCUGGGAGCAGGAGGGCUAUCUAGCCAAGUACGCGGUCAGCGACGAGGACCGACAAGUCGCCGAAGAUGCCCAGGCCGAGAGCAACCGCCCACAAGACCCAAUGCAGGGCUUGGAACAGCUCGACGUUGCCGGGCCGAAGCCCGAAUAA